AUGAUUUGGAAUAGCACUAUCAGAGACGCAUUCCUUUCCAUCAAAAUGCCAGUGAACCAUUGUUGUGUUGUGCAUGACGAAUGCUAUACUCUGCAGCUUCGGCAGGAAAAGUGCGACGAGGACUUCUGUGAAUGCAAUCGACUUGCAACAAUCACUAGGAACGACUGCAAGGAUCUACUAGAAGCCACUUGUUCACUGGUUCAAUUAUUUGGCUUUGGUCCCUAUCAUAGUAGCGCCAAUUACACUGAAUCAGCCGAUCUAGUGAAAUACACGGUAAAUGCAGAUGGUCUCAGGACACAAUACAGCAACUUGUACAUACACUGCCCCAAAGUUAAUGCAACCAUAUCGUCAUGCGCACUGCAAUACAACUCGUGCAUCAAAACUCCCAUUGAGUGCGCAGAAGCACUUUCCCAUUGCCUUCUUGAUGCAGCCAUGGUAGAUGGAAGCAAUUCUUGCCAUGAAACAGUCAAUGCCUUGGGUGUUCUUAUCAUCGAAGAAGGAAACAGCUGGAAAAACGCUUUGCAGAAUAUUCGCUUCUUGGGAUCAAACGUAUUGAUGGUGGUGAUGGCUGCAUGCAUGCUCUUGUUACUUUGCUUUUUGAUGCGAUUAAGACUUUCCGGCAGUACAAUUGAUGAGAAAGGAAAGAAGUACUUCCUAGUUUGAAGAGAACUCACAAACUCGGCAAUAACAAUUGAUCUCAGAUUCGACUAGCCUGACAAGACAAAUUACUCUAACAAAUAUA